UUGACAUAAAAUUAAUAUGUCUCAAAGUUUAAAAUAAAAUUGAUAAAAUCAGUAAAGAUCUGGAAAAGGAAAAUGAACAGAAGCUCAAAGUUGGAUUCAUUGCAAAAUUUAAGCUCCAUUGUUUGAUUGAAAACUCAGUUAGUAUUGUUAGUGAUUCCAAUGCCGAUCCUUUUCCAUCGAACGGCCGGAUACACGUCCGUUUUCCGGCGUUAUUUUCGCCGGGGGAAGAUACAGAAGCCCCUCCGUCUUCGGAAAUUGGAUGGCUACAUCUAUUGCAUACAGGUCAUCAUUCUCUGUUCUCAGUCAAGCUUUCCCAGUUGCAUCGAAAAUGGAUUCAGAACGGACAUCCAACAACUGCUUUUGGACGAUGGGGAUGGAUGCUGAUGCUGCAUCAAAGGAUGCAGACACAUCUUUAAAUUGGACAAGGGAGGAGGAAAAGGCAUUCGAGAUUGCUCUCAAAACCCACUAUAAUGAUGCUGAUGUGUGGGGUAAGAUCGCAUUGGCAGUUCCUGGGAAAACAGUUCAAGAUCUAAAACUUCACUAUGAAGCCUUAAGUGUGAUGGCUGUUGAGUCUGGCAAGAUGCCUCUGUCCAUUUAUCCGAACAAAGGCGAUGUUCUAGAAGAGAAGAAGCUGGAGUCAGAGCAAGUGCAGCGAGGGCUUCAUUGGACAGAAGAGGAACACAGGCAAUUUCUACAUGGUUUGCAUAUGUACGGUAAGGGUGAAUGGGAGGACAUUGCGAAAUAUAGUGUGCGAACACGAUCGAGUAGCCAAGUGGCAAGCCAUGCGCAAAAGUUCUUCAGAAGGCUGAGUUCAACCAAAAAAGAGGGUAAACGGCUCAGAAUUAUUGAUAUCACAACUCUGAGACCCGAGCAGUUGUUAGCCUUCGAGAAGGAAACUACAAGCUCCAUGCUCGAAUGCUGCAAGGGAGAGUCUUCAACAGCUGGAACCGACGAAGAAUUGCUUCCUGGAAAUAUCGAGAGAGCAGCAGUGCAUGCUGGAACCCAACAACUGUCCGGAUGCGCCACGGUAACUUCAGGUAAUGCUUUCAGGAAGCGCGGGCGCCCUAAGAAAGCUUUGAGUACUGAUGAAAACAAGCUAAUGCGGGGGGCAAGGUAUCCCAGGAAUAGCACAGAUGCAGCAGCAGGGCAAGAUAUUGACCUAUUUUUUGAUGGUCAUUAUGAUAUCGGUGCUAGCACAGAUAUUUUGGAUGAUGUGGAUCUCUCUUUCUUCCCUCAUUUUAUGGAUUGAAAUUCUUGUCAGGAAGUUUAAUAGAUUUUCCUUUUUUUACCCUCAUUAUGAUAUCGAUGUGUAGAUGACAUUCAUUAUCCCAUUUUUCUAUUAAUGAUGAGGGAAUGUGGAGACCUCUCUAUAA